AUGCGCCUCGCAUUGAACACCAACUCGCUGACCGGUCGCCGCGACUCCUUCGACCGCAACACAUCUGCCUUCAGCCCCUCGGCAGUGGAUUAUAAUAACAGCACCGCCACCACUCUACAAGCGGCUGCAGCUGCCGCCGCCGCUGCUGCUGCUGCUGCACGCGGCAAAUGGCCCGGAGCUAUGACCAACAGCUAUGGCGCGCUGGGCGCCAAUGCUUCAGCCAGCCCGAUUGGGGCAGCCAUUACACCGCCGCCGCCACAAUCAUGCCUCGUCACUAAUCGCGCACCUGGCGCUGAAACCAAGUAUCGUCAACAAAUGUCUGUCGGUGGUGUUGGCCUGCCACCAGCAGCUGCUGCAGCACAAGCAGCUGCCGCUGCAGCCGCUGGCAAUAUGUUCGGUUCGAGUAGUUCACUCUUUUCAAAGCUGGCCAUUCCGGGUAGUGCAGCCGCUGCUGCAGCUGCUGCUGCUGCCGCUGCCUCAUCACGACAUGCAGCAGCUGCUGCCGCUGGCCUAAAUGUGUCCGCCGCUGCUGCUGCUGCUGCUGCAGCCGCUGUCGCUGCAGCUGGUGCACCGCAACCAGGACGGUCGCGACUGCUCGAGGAUUUCCGCAAUCAGCGCUAUCCCAACUUACAAUUACGCGAUUUGGCCAAUCAUAUUGUGGAAUUUUCGCAGGAUCAGCAUGGCUCGCGCUUCAUACAGCAGAAAUUGGAACGCGCCACCGCUGCCGAGAAACAACUGGUGUUUAGUGAGAUUUUAGGUUCCGCCUUCAGCUUGAUGACCGACGUUUUUGGCAACUAUGUUAUACAGAAAUUCUUUGAGUUUGGCACACCGGAGCAAAAGAACACGCUGGGCAUGCAGGUGAAAGGGCAUGUGUUGCAGUUGGCUUUGCAAAUGUAUGGCUGCCGUGUCAUACAGAAGGCGCUGGAGAGUAUUACAUCGGAGCAGCAGCGAGAGAUCGUCCUUGAGCUGGAUGGUAAUGUAUUGAAAUGUGUCAAAGACCAGAAUGGCAAUCAUGUGGUGCAAAAGUGCAUCGAAUGCGUGGAUCCAUCGGCGCUGCAGUUUGUUAUAAAUGCCUUCAAGGGUCAGGUAUACACGCUAAGCACACACCCAUAUGGCUGUCGAGUCAUACAACGUAUACUGGAGCACUGCACCUCCGAGCAGACACAACCCAUAUUGGAUGAGUUGCACGAGCAUACCGAGCAACUGAUACAGGAUCAGUAUGGCAAUUAUGUUAUACAACAUGUGCUGGAACACGGCAAACCCGAAGACAAAUCGAUACUUAUAAACGGCGUGCGUGGAAAAGUUUUGGUUUUGUCGCAGCAUAAAUUCGCGUCGAAUGUAGUGGAGAAGUGUGUCACGCAUGCCACACGCGGCGAACGCACCGCUCUCAUCGAUGAAGUGUGCACUUUUAAUGACAACGCCUUGCACGUCAUGAUGAAGGAUCAAUAUGCCAACUAUGUGGUGCAGAAAAUGAUCGACGUCUCAGAGCCGACACAAUUGAAAAAACUAAUGAAUAAGAUACGCCCACAUAUGGCAGCAUUACGCAAAUACACCUACGGCAAGCAUAUCAAUGCCAAACUGGAGAAGUAUUUCAUGAAGACAGCCAAUCCAAUUACAACAACAAGCACCACAAUCGCCUCACCAUCGCAAUCGUCGAUUGCGUGCAGCACUAGCAUCUUAACCUCAACCACAGCAGCCGCUUGCAGUACAGCGGCUGGACUGACCAUUACUACGCCAACAAACUGCAUGACUGCCGGCCUUACGGUCGGUGCGCCCAUCAUGAUACAAGAGAAUGGUAUUAGUGUCACAGCGGUGGGUCAGACAUCGCCAGCAGCAUCAUCUUGCACCGUAUCGACAAACAGCAGCAGUGCCACAUCGGUAGUGACAGCUGUCAACAGCGGUCUGGGACCCAUUGGACCACCCACCGCCAACGGUGUAAUAUUGUAAAGAGUGGGCGGUGUACAGAACAAAAGCCAAAAUAGAAGCGCAUAGAAAAGCGACUGCAUGAUAUGCAGUACAAGUGGAGAGAAAGGAGAAGAAUAAGAAAUAUGAAAAAUUUAGAAGAGAAUGAAAAGAGAAAGAACACAGUUUUAUUAGUUUAUACAUACAUGUAUUAAGUAGGAAGUAAAUGUGAGCAAAAUGCGAGCGUAAAGCAGGAACUUGCUAUAUAUAAUUUGAAUGUGUAACUUAGUUUUAAGAUGCUGUAUUUUUUCGCGAUUUUAUUUAGAUUAGAUUUUAAAAUCUUCCCAAACAGAAAAACGAACAAACACACACACACACA